GUGUAGCAGCAGGGCGGCAGCGGAGCUGAGUGCGGCCACAGCGGCCACACAACAGUCGUUCGGUGAAUGGCCAACCGAAUGAAAAGUGAACUGUUGUUUACUCACUGUUAUUUUGUCCUUUCUGGUUUAUUUGCGUAGAAUUUCGAAAAUGGGAGACCACAUUCUCGAGGAGCUCGAGGCCGCCGCGCGUGUGAUGUUGGCAGCUCCCAAUGUUGUCACAUCAGAGCAACGCCAUGCUGCUGAAGCUGUCUUCAUGAAAUUUCGGAAAACUAAAUCACCUUAUGAACUCUGCAAACAUAUUCUCCAGACCAGCAAAGUAGACUAUGUUUUAUUUGAAGCUGCUGGACUGGUCAAAGAAGCUGUGCUUCGUGAGUGGUCUCUCUUGACUGACGAAGAAAUAAAAUCACUUCAGCAAUAUCUUUUAAGUUAUGUAAUUGAAAACGCAACUCUCGCUGCCUUUGUGCGGGAAAGAAUUCUACAGGUAAUUGCCAUAAUGGUUAAAAGACGCAGUAGUGUACUAAUUGUGCCAGUUCCAGAGCGUACCAAACUUUUUGAUGAAAUUGAAAUGCUUGUUAUGAGUGGCGAUUUACCCAGGCAAGUUUUAGGUUGCAGCCUAAUGUUUGCAAUCAUGCAGGAGCAUGCUAUCACUGUGAAGUCAGCAGACAUAGGGCUGCGAUAUGAAGUACAUUAUAAAGUGAAAAAGAAUUUUGAGUCAACAGACUUGAAGCGCAUUUUUGAGUUUUGUCUUCGAGCUAUUACUGAAUUAAUUAAAGCAGAAAAGCCUUUCAACAAUACCGUGUGUGUGCUCAUGAAGCAGCUUCUAGCCAUUUUGGAGGGGGUCUUGACCUGGCAGUUUACCACAAGAAGACCGCUUUUUAAGAAGCUCGCUGGCUUAGUGGAAGUACGAUACGAAUUAGGGGACAACCCCUCGCUGUGUCCACCCAUGAAUUGGAAAAGUUGUUUGUUGCAGCCAAACAUCUUUUUUGAGAUCUAUUGGAACGUUCGAGACAAUCCUCAACUAGCCCACCAUGCACUCACCUGCUUAGUUCAGCUCGCAUCUCUACAUGGCAAAAUACUUUUAUCAAAAUCUGAUGAACUUGCCUACCUCACAGCGUAUAUUCAAUGCUUUUUAAAUCUUAUUUCAAGUGUUGAAAUAUUAGAUAGAGAAGCUCUUGGAAUCUCAAAUAUGGUGCGCAAGAUGUGGUUAUGUGCAUCACCUUCCUGGCUCACAGACAUUAACCAAGAUCUGCUAGUAAAUGUUCUGCAGCAGUUCACUCGUCUUACUUGCCAGUUUGGAGAGGGAGCAGCUCUUGAAGAGUCAAUGAAUGUUGAAGACACAUUGUACAUGGAAGCUUUUGAACACAUGUUGGGGGUUUGUGUUGGUAUAGUAAGGAAGGCAAGUGUCUUUCCCCCAGAUUUUUGCAUUCAGAUUUUCAACACCUACCUUAAGUGUCACUUAUCGCCACCUGAUGGAACGAGAGGUAUGGGCCAUGAGCUUGAAGCUGAAGAGAUAGGUGAAAUUGAAGAGGAUGAUCAAACCAAGUUCAAGGACCAGCUGCAGUCCCUUGGUGCACUUGGAAGACACGUACCUGGGCAUUCACUGCCCUUACUCUGCAAGUUACUGGAGGAACGUACAAGUCGUUUGCACGGACAGCUUCAGCGCAUGAGCCAACAAGCAAUGCAUAUAAGUGAUUCAAAUAUUUUAAACAACCUUAGUGAAGACAUUCACUGGCUCAUUUUAAUAUCAGGAAAUGUUAUAACUUGGGACAGUGAAGGAGAAACUCCACAGAUUCCAAGUGAGAUAAUCAAGCACAGUAUAUCUCAAUCAAGUUCGAUUAAUAUAGACACUACUAUGAAAGUUCUGGCUUCCCCUGAUCACCAUAUACUGGACAUUCCUGGAGCUGAACAGUCUUCAGAUCACAUUAUCAGACUCAUUGCAGCUCUUUUCCGACUCUGUGAAGUAGAAAAGAAGGCUGCUGAAGCUAAAUUGGGACAUUUACUUAGUCCAGAAGUUGGACGUUCACUUAUGUGGUGCUUGGAGAGAUGGUGUGGAUGCUACCUGCUUCCAGUUGAAACUUACUAUUCAGAGAUGAGCAUGGCUAUUAUGACUGCUUUUGGUGCUGAUACUGAAGGGGCCACUUGGACUGUUAACUUUCUUCUAAGAAAGAUUGAAUCCAAUUUGAAAUAUUUUAAUGCUGAACCUGAACUUGUAAAGGAAACAGUUGCUAUGUUUAGAUCUAUGGUCUCCACAAAAAAAAAGGCAGCCUGUGUUUUAAAAACUGAGGGUAUUCUAAACAUAGUUCAUCUGCAAGAAAAUUUGCCUGAGGGAACACUGCCACAGCAAGCCAAGAGAGGACUGUAUGCUGCACUUAUCCUCGCAGCAGCUGGCCUACCUGAAAAUAAUAGAGCUGAAUACUGGAAUCAAGUUCUCAAACCUAUACAAGAUAGAUUUAAGAGUAUUGUAUGCCAUGAGUGCUUUGCUAGAAACUAUCACGAAGAACGUGUCAAAUCAGCCAUUAUUGAAAUUUUAGAUCACUUUAUCGGUGUCGCUCAAGGAGCUCAAUGUGGCACUGCAGAGGCUAUUUUUCAGUACCUUGCUCCAGUUUUAUCUGAAUUUUCAACUUUAAUAGGACUUUACCACAACUAUCAAAAUGUUGUUGAACUCAUACUUGAGUUGCAUGUGGAAUCUGCUCGACAAAUACUCAGUUUUUUGGAUCAGGAAGAGAGCAGAAAAAUGUUUAAUGCAUGUUUGCAAACGAUUCAAACUUAUGCUCAAUGGAAUACAAAUCGUCUCUCCCUUGAGAAGGCUUCUGAAGAAGAAACAUUCAGAGACAUAUUGUUGCUUCUCCAACUCUUAAGGAAUCUGCUGUCCAAAGAUUAUCUAGAUCUGUACACAUCUUCAUCACCUGAAACACAGCAACCUGGUGUGGCUGCAUCUGAUGUUGUAAUAUAUGGGCUUAACAUAAUCAUGCCAUUGAUGACAGGAGACCUCCUUAAAUACCCACAAUUGUGUACUCAGUAUUACAAAACUAUAAUGUAUAUAGUGAUGAUGAUACCUGAAAAGGUUUGUUCCCUACCAUCUGAUCUUCUUAAGAGAAUGCUAGCUUCAGUUGAAGUUGGCUUGGUUUCUUUCGGUCAGGAAAUUAUGGAAUUAAGUUGUAGCUUCUUACACAGUUUUGGCACUAGCGUCCUUCAAAAUGUGCCGAAGGGAAGUGAAGUUUAUAUUGCGUUUCAACCCUUUCUCGGUAUAUUUUUAAACCUAAUCCUGUCAGAUCAAGUUCCUACAGAGCUUCAGUCUGCUGUAGGCUCAACAUUCUUUGUUCUGAUUUGCUGUUUUCCAGAAGACUACAAAGUAGCAGUCCAAACACUUCUGCACAACCAACCAGAUCCUUCUGUGGCUGAGAGAUUAGCAACAGCUUUCACAAACCUAACCGAAUCCAUUGAAUUAGAUAAUUGUGCAAGACCAAGAGAAAACCGUUGUAAUCGUGAUCGUUUUAGAGAGAACUUUGAAAAGUUUUGUUGGAAUAUUCAUGGUUUUCUUAAUAUUAAAUAAGACUGUUGUUGCCUUCGUUUUUUUUAAAGUUAUAGUCAGGGUGGUCCGGUACUGCUGAGGAGAUGUAAAUUAUUCAGGAGGUUUUUGAAAGACUGAUAGACUUCAUUUUGAAGUUAUGUUAUUCUUAAGGCUGUAUAUUUGUAUAUACCAUCAAUGCUUUGUAAAGAAAAGCAUCUUUACAUCUCAGCAUACUGUACGUAUAAUUUAGGAAUCAAUGUUCUCUAUGGUCUCAAUUUUCUGAAAUGUUUGCACAUUAUUGACUUGAUACGCUAGGACAAAAUAGUCUCAAACACUGACAAUUACUGUAUUAGGUCUCCUUGUGUGUAUGCUGAUUUUCCUACCAAGAGGGUUUUUUUAAUGCAGAUUUUAUUACUUCGAAUUAUGUACCUAGCUGCAAUGAUAAGUUAUAAAUUGUAGCAAGUUCAGUAUGAUAAGUGAGUUGCUUGCACUGAGCAACUCGCAAGUUGGUACCAAAUGUCCUUGGUACCCUUAAAUCAUCUUCGUACCUUGGUGUUCUCAGAUGUUUCUUUUCUGCUCUUGAUAGUGGCCUGUGUUAUUGACUAACAGUGGAUUAUAUUUAUUUUGGUGUAAUCUGUUUUUCUGUUUUGUGUGUACAAAGCCAAACAUUUGUUUUUCAAAGGGCUCAAUCCGCUUACAAGCUGUGUUGUAGAUUUUAAUUUCAGAGUUUUAGUUUUAGCUCCUAACAAUGUUGUGUGUCAUUCUGUAGAGAUAGAAGUCAUGACAAAGAAAAUACUAACUAGAAAAACAGUUGACCAUAAUAUUGUAUCUCUUUCAAAUUAAUUUUGGAACUUGUUAAGUAUGCUUUCAAAGCUCCCAAAUGUCAACUGCUCCCUGUGCCAUUUUCUAAUGAACUAUUACUCGUGCACUUGUGUUAUGUUGACUUUUUGACAAGUACAUGAAGUAUGCGUCAAUUCUUGUUCAAUCUUUCACUAGUUUAACUUGCUUUUUUAUCAAGGAACAGUUUUAGUUUUCUAUUUGAAAAUUUAUUUUCUAUUGGAGAACGGCCUGAAGCCUUUUUUUUUUAUUAUUUUGAAUUAGCCAUUCUAUGAUGUCAAGUCUGAUGUGGUGUAUGUAAAUAUGAGAAAAAUGUUUACCUCACACUUUGUCCAAUCUUACCUCAACACUUCUUAUUUGUCUUUAUUGAUACUUUUCUUGCAGUGAAGCCACAAUGUGAACCUAUUACAUUCAUUUUUGGACUCUUUCUCCCGGAAUGUGUUAAAAAUCUAAUCUAUUGUUCAUUGGUGAUCGCUGAUUGCUCAUUAGGUAUCAUGUAUCAAUGUUUUGUCUGUAAUUUCUCAUUCAUGAUCUUGAUAGCUAUGAGUACUAAAAUUCCUUUUUGUAUUGCAAUGUUAAGUAGAACUUAUGAAACACACUUGAUGUCACUAAGAUCUUUUCUUGCUAUUUUCAUUGUACCACAAUCUG